AUGAAACAGAAAGUGAUUCAGGCGCUAGAGACCGCCGCCCAGCAGUUAGGCUACUCGGAAAGUGUUGAACUAACUCCUAGUCGCGGUCGAAGCGAUUUUGCCACCAACUUGGCCAUGAAAUUAGCCAAGAAAAUUAACGCCAAUCCGCUCGAUGUUGCCCAGCAAAUAAUUGCCAAUUUGAGCGCGAGUUUUAUCGCUCGUGCCGAAGUAGCUAAGCCGGGUUUUAUUAAUCUUUACCUUAACCCCAACUCUUUAGCCUUGCAAAUCCAGCAAGUUUUAGACGAGGGGCCAAACUACGGUCGCGGUCAGCAGUCUAAGUACGUGAACGUUGAAUACGUUUCGGUCAACCCGACUGGUUAUCUUCACGUCGGCCACGCCCGUAACGCUGCUCUGGGCGCGACGCUCAGCAGUGUCUUAAAGUUUGCUGGCAACCGCGUUGAUCAGGAGUACUACGUCAAUAAUGUCGGCGUUCAAAUGAAAGUCUUAGCCGAGUCGCUCUACGUGCGCUAUUUGCAAGCUUUGUCUAAGUCGGCCGAGCUGCCCGAAGAGGCAUACCGAGGUCCAGAAAUUAUUCACUUAGCCGAGCAAAUAGUCCAAAGUUCGGGCGAGAAGUAUCUUAAAUUGCCGGCCAAUCAAGUCAAAGAGGAAUUCGCGAAAAUCGCUGAAAAUUUCAUGAUUGAAAAAAUCAAGCAACACUUGGAACUGAUCGGAGUCAAGAUGGAUCGCUACUACUAUGAGCAAGAUCUUUACGAUCAGAAGUUAGUCAUUCCGGCCUUAGAAAGUAUGCCCGAUACUUACCGCCAAGGCGGCGCUUUGUGGCUUAGAACGACUAAGUUUGGCGACGAUAAAGACCGGGUGCUAAUUAAAAGCGACGGCAGUUUUACUUACUUUGCCUCGGACAUCGCUUACCACAGCGUUAAACUAAAACGAGGUUAUGACGAACUGAUCGAUGUUUGGGGCGGAGACCACAUCGGCUACGUUAAGCGGGUUAAGAUUAGUCUUAACCAGCUCGGCUUAGCGUCGGAUAAACUGGACAUCAUCAUUAUCCAAAUGGUGCGUUUGAUCCAGGGCGGCCAGGAACUUAAAAUGUCCAAACGCAAAGGAGUGGCUUUUACGCUGGAAGAGCUAGUCAAGACAAUUGGUCGGGAUGCAGCCCGGUUUUACUUGAUUAGCCGAGCUAACACGACCCAAGUUGACAUUAACUUGGAUUUGGUAACUAGCGCUAAUUCGGAUAACUUAGUUUACAUGGUUCAGUACAGUCACGCCCGGGCGCGCCAACUGCUAGUUAAAGGUAACUGUCCACCCCAAGUCGGCGCUUACCUGGAGGGCAAGGAAAAUCAACUGAUUAACUUAAUCAGCGAGUUUCCCGAACUAAUCGUGACGAUCGCUGACAACCACAAAGUUCACCUUUUGCCGCAGUACUUAGUCGCUCUGGCGCGACUGUUUAACCAGUUUUACAGCGAAACCCGGAUCAUUAACUCCGAACGUGAAAGCGAACUGCUGGCGCUGGUCAAAGCUGUUAAACAAGUUUUAGCGACUGGAUUAGCGCUGAUUGGCGUUAACGCUCCGGACCAAAUGUAA